AUGUCCGACCCGGUGAAACCUGAAAGCAUUUCAUCCACCGAAGCCGUGGCCACUCCCGGUGCUCUAGAGCAGCCCGAAGCGACUCCCCCUAUGCCUCCGCCCAGCGCUCCACCGUCAGCGCAGGAGUUCCUUGACUUUGAAGGAACCACCAUCUUCGCACCGUCGCCAUCCACGACGUAUCGCUACUCGCUUUCGCUAAAGAGUGGGAACCUCCGCAUCUGGCUGGAGAACGGCGAUACCAAGAAACAAUGGUGCACGACGGAGCUAAGUCUGCACGACUAUGUUGACGCCAGCAACGUGAUUCCAGAUGCCACGGCGUCCGACUACGUCGAGUGCUUUCAAGAGCUACUGAGCACUGCUGCUGAAGACGUGGCCAACAUCCCGGGUGCCUUCCAGCGGGGCCAAGAUGGAGUAUUCCAGCUAAAGCUGUCUGUGAAAGUCCAGGUGCUGCGAAAGGCACGCGUGGCGACGUACACGUUUGUGCUGGAGGAGAUCUCAGUGGAGAGAAUCGACGUGUUGGAGUCAAAGUUGCGCGAUCUGCAGGACAAGGUGAGCACUCUUCGCAUGGGCGACGAGGAUCUUGCUGCUCGCCGGAGUUCCGCUGUGCAGAGACUGGAAGAAGACUUGAAAAAGCUUCAGAAGAGUCUGGAUGGCCGUGACGUAGUAAUCUCGCAGCUCAAAGAUGAGGUGAAGGCGCUGCAAUUGGCCCAAGAAAGCUCGGUCGUCAUUCCAGUUCAAGCCACGACUAAAGCGCUGGGCGAUUUAGUUUGCUGGAGGAACGCUGCGUUCAUAUUCGGUCUGAACGCCAGCGUGACCGGCCUUGAUGGCAUUGUACGCGCUGAGUCGCCUGGAACAUACCAAGUGACUGCGGUGGUGAACCAUCAGCCAGCGGGACUCAACUCGUCCAUUCAGAUGAUGAAGGGCUCGGAUUGCAUUCAGUCUGCGUACUGUGGACACGCUCAAGGCAACUCGGGUUCCACGUCGCUCAACUGCACGGCUCGCUUGGACAAGAACGACCAGCUUACAGUGAAAUGCCCCGCGAACCUCACUGGAACCAGCUACCUGACGCUGAUCCGACUCGGAAAGUGA